AGCAGGAAUGAGCUGGCCCAGCUGAGUAGUAACAUCACAGCAGCAGGCUCCAGUGUCAGACAGCCCACACACUCCAAGGAGGCCACAUACUCUCUCCUAUUGGCCACCAUGUAUUUUUUGUCACUGACCACUUGAGGAAGGAGUGGACACUAAAAUGACCACUUUACACCAAUCUGUGGUCAAACUUAGUCUUAGAUCUACAGACAGAGGUUUAAUGCAUUUGUGAUAACCAGGUGUGGUUAGUAUGGUGGUGUAGUGAUAGGGACACUAUGUCUGUCAGUUGUGUGUGUGUGUUGGGGGUGGUGUUGGGGGGGUGUCUUUUUAUCCCAGUCCUUCAAGCUAUCACUACUGAGACACCUGACCCUCCCAAGCCCACCACCAACCCCAGGGAUUACACAGGUAGACCUACCUGGGACCCAGGAGCAGUCUUAACUCGCAGGCCUGCUCGGGACCCAGGGGCUGUGAACACCCGCAGGCCCACUCGGGACCAAGGUGUUGUGAACACGCGCAGGCCCACUUGGGACCCAGGGGCUGUCAACAACCGCAGGCCCACUCGGGACCCAGGGGCUGUCAACACCCGCAGACCCACUCGGGACCCAGGGACGGUGUCCACUCAACAACCUAAGGAGGUUCCUGUCCACAGUCACCCUGAUAUCAUCAAAUUAUCCUCUAAGACUGACUUUAUGAUGAGGAAAUUAAGACAAUUGGAAAAAGACAGAGAUUCUGACAGGGAUAAGAUAAAGGAGUUGGAACGCCACAGUUUAGAGAACAAUGACGAUGCUAUCAGAGCUCUGGCCUCCAGUAUGGAGCUCCAGCAUCAUGUUUCCGAGAUACAAGACCGCCUCACACAGCUUGAGGAAAAUGUGGACAAUUACCGCCUCAACAUGAACAACAUGCGUUUUGAGCAGGAACAGAUAAAAACAGAGUUGGACACAUACAGGAAACUGAAGGACAGCACUAGGCGGUCAUUCCGUAAACUUGACCGACAAUUUGGUAAAUACUCCCUACGCCUGGAAAAUCUUGAGAAUGAUAUAAGAAAUGUCUCUUCAAAUGUAGACAUUGUGCUGGAAAUAUUUCAAGAUGGCAUGAAGGAUAACUUUGGCAAGAUUCAGAGCCUGGAACAGCUCAUAGAAAAUCGGACGAAACCUUUCUUUGAAGGAAAUUUCCGACAUAUCAAAUCAAGGAUGAAUAAAUUAGAGCAAAAUAUGACGUUUCCAAGAUCAUCUUUACAAUUAGUGACAAAUGAGGAAGGAUCUGGUGAUGUAAACACCGACUACAUUCUCACUCCAAUACAGGAGAGUUCUAACCACAUUGAAACAGGAAGUGGAGAGGAGACUCUAAGGGAGAUUCCGAUUGGCAUUCUACCUCAUACCCAUUCACAAUACCUCAACACUGAGGAUUUUAUCCUGGAAAUUCAGGAGCGUGACGAGGAGAUAUCUGACUUAGAGAAGAUGGUUGAUCAGUUGAAGGCAAGUCUGUCCACCAUGGAGACCAGGCUAACCUCUAUACAGCUUGGUGACUUCAUGGGGAAGUUACAGGACUCCCUGCUCAAUUUCACACAGAAUGUCAUCACACUUGACCAGUGGAAGAUGGCCAGUACAGACAUUGUCAACUCUACUCAGUUUAAUCAGCGUCAGAUUACCGCCCUUACCAACAUGAUCCUCAACAACAGCAAUCAUGUGCGGGAUGUGGAGUGGAAGGUUGCCGACGUGCAGUCGCUAGGCUACCAGCAAUUCAACCUACUGCGAAUGUAUGUGAUUCAGCUCAACAACUCUGUACAGGAUAUGAAAGAUACAAUGUCAAACCUUCGGCCUUCUCAGCAACAAUAUCAACAACAACAACAACAACAGUUAAACACGAACAGAGAAUCACCCAGGCAGCCUACUGGUAAUGCAUCACCUCCUGAUAUGGAGCAUUUAGACACAUUGAAGUCACGAGUUGAGGAUCUAUCUCUUCAGAUUAUUUACAAUGAAAACAGAAUAUCAAAGCUUGAGAUCCAUGCUCUGAAUGAGUCAUUGUUUGAGUGUAAGAAAUACAACAAAGACAAUAAUCAGGAUGCAAAGAUAACACAAAUCAACCAGGAAGUCUCCAAACUCAUCCAGACAGAAAUCAUGGUCAAAGAGAUGCUUAAAAGGCUUGAUCGGGGACUGUUCCGUGUCCACCUAGCCAACAACAACCAAUCAGAUGUCAUUAAAGACAUCGUCAGGGAGAUCGAGCAUCUCAACAGUAAUGUCAACGCUAUCGAUGAGCUUAAACAGGAAGUGGACCACGUCAGGUUCAUGUUACCGAGAGAUUGUGAGGAAUACUACAAGCGUGGCCAUCGCUUGUCCGGGUUGUAUGUGAUUCAUCCCGCCAAUGCCUCACGCUCACUCAAAGUCAGCUGUGAUAUGGAGGACGAGUCUGGGGGCUGGACCAUCAUACAGCGUCGGAUUGACGGAAGUGAGGAGUUUGCCCGAGGUUGGGACGACUACAAAGCAGGCUUUGGUUCCAGUGAUAGUGAGUUGUGGCUAGGCAAUGACCUCAUCCACUCACUCACCCAAAACAAAAACCUCUCCCUGAAAAUCGACAUGGUGGACAUGGAGGACAAAUAUUGGACUGUCACCUACUCCCACUUCAGAAUUGGUAACGAGGAGAGUAAAUAUAAACUGUAUGUGGACGGUUACCAGGGUAAUGCCACAGACUCCCUGGAGUCCUCGGACGAGAUGGGGUUCAGCACCCCUGACCAGGACAAUGAUGGCAGCAGCACAAACUGUGCCAUGUACUACACUGCAGGCUGGUGGUACAAACACUGCCACUAUAGUAACCUUAAUGGGCGCUACCAGCUUGGCAUGGUCUGGUACAACUACGACAAGGGCGAGUGGAUACAGCUAAAACGGGCCACCAUGAAGGUCAAAGCCUUUGUUUUAUGAUCUUGACAGUCAUGUAUAUGUAUUAACAAUUAGGCCGUUGUAGGCCGUUGUAGGACGUUGUAGGCCAUUGUAGGACAUGGUAGGCCAUUGUAGGACGUUUUAGGCCAUUGUGGGACAUUGUAGGCCAUUGUAGGACGUUGUAGGCCAUUGUAGGACGUUGUAUGCCAUUGUAGGAUGGUGUAGGCCAUUGUAGGAUGUUGUAGGCCAUUGUAGGACAUUGUAGGACGUUGUAUGGUUCUGCAUCAUCACCAUGUGUCACAGUAAGCAUUAACAUAAUGGAGGUAUCAUCAUGUCAAACUUGGCUUCAACAUUGUACCAUUAAAUCAACAAAAUGCUUAAAAUGUCACAGUAGGUAACACAUUGUGUCUCAAAAGGUAACACAUUGUGUCUCAGUAGGUAACAACAUGUGUCACAGUAGGUAACACAUUGUGUCACAGUAGGUAACACAUUGUGUCUCAGAAGGUAACACAUUGUGUCUCAGAAGGUAACAACAUGUGUCUCAGAAGGUAACACAUUGUGUCUCAGUAGGUAACACAUUGUGUCACAGUAGGUAACACAUUGUGUCUCAGUAUGUAACACAUUGUGUCUCAGAAGGUAACAAUGUGUGUUACAGUAGUUAAUACCAUGUGUGAAGUAGUUUACAGGUUGUGUCACAGUAAACAAAACCUUAUGUCAUAUAAAGUCGGUCACAUUGAUCAUGUCAUUAAGUGUUAGUCAAACCAAUAGAAUAUUCAUACCAAUGUGUCAACUACCGAAGUGUGUAACAGUACCUAUACUAUUGUUGUAUCAUCACAAAUAAUGUUAACGGCAUUCCAGGAACAUGCCAUAGGUGAUGGUAGAAGAGUUGUUAUGAUGGUUAUUUGGAUAAGAGAGAUAUAACAAGGGGAUAUAUAGCCAUGGUUUACUAUGAUAGGAGAUAUGUAACCAUGGUAUCUAUGGUAGGAGAGAUGUAACCAUGGUUACUAUGGUAGGAGAUAUGUAACCAUGGUAACUAUGGUAGGAGAUAUGUAACCAUUGUAACUAUGGUAGGAGAUAUGUAACCAUGGUAACUAUGGUAGGAGAUAUGUAACCAUGGUAUCUAUGGUAAGAGAGAUGUAACCAUGGUUACUAUGGUAGGAGAUAUGUAACCAUGGUAACUAUGGUAGGAAAGAUGUAACCAUGGUAACUAUGGUAGGAGAGAUGUAACCAUGGUGACUACGGUAGGAAAGAUGUAACCAUGGUAACUAUGGUAGGAAAGAUGUAACUAUGGUGACUCUGGGUGGAGAGUUGUAACCAUGGUAAAUUUUGUAGAAGUUAUGUAACCAUAGUUACUUGGUAGGUGAGAUGUAAAUAUGGUUUCUGUAGAGUAGAAAAUUAACCACUUAGAAAGUUUUACAAGUUACUGAAUAUAUACUUAAUCAAAUCAGAGACUCACUUGCAAAUCUACUUUUUUGUGAAAAAUAACAUGAAUGAAUAUUAACAAUUGAAACUGGGAACAAAUAGAUUGCAAGACAUAAUCAUCAAUGAUGCACCGAGAGUUAUGAAGAUAUCUUUUAAACAAUAUCUUAUUUGAAUAUCGGGGGUUUUCAGAGAUGCAAUACAUCUACUUGCUAAAACCUAGGAGUGAGGAAUAAUUUAAUUAGCAUAUUCUUAAAAUUAACUUGCCUUUUACUAGUAGACAUGUGUUAAUCCUGAUCAGGUAGGAAAUUUGUAAUGGUGCCUUUUUAAUGGAGGGAUAAACGUAACCAUAGCUACCAUAGUAGAAGUUUUGUUAUCGUGGCAAUUAUUGUAAACAUGAUCAAUGUGAUAGGAGAUGACGUAGUGUUUUAACAUUGUAGUGAUAGGUAAAUGUAUGUAAAUGUAUUAACGGUCAUCAUAACUGUAUAUAAUGAUAUAUAUUGGAUUUAUAAUAAACAGGUUCUACAUC